AUCAGCUUCUCUUUCUAUUUCCACAGACGGAGCGUCUGAUUGCUGUUGUGAGAUCAGCUGCGGAAAGCGCUUUGACACGCGGAUUGAGUGACAACAUGAGGUCGAGCUCUCCUGCAAAGUUGUUCAGAGGGUGUAAAGUUACGAGCGGACAGGACACACCUCUAGAGGGAGUUCCCGGGGAGGUGGAAACAAGGAGCUGAUCCCUUCCAAUGCAGUAAAGUCAGUCCUUUCACUUGGAGCGUGUGGUCGUCCGACCCUGCGGCCGUGCGUCUUUUUUCCAGCAGCAGUAGCCGUGCCACGAGAGGAAAAUGCCCGGCAUGGGCAACUCUUUACGCGCGGCUGCCCUCCUGGCUUUCGUGGUUCUUUCGAUUCUAGUGUCGCUCUUGAUCAGCAGCGUGCAGCAGUUUGGAGCCAAAAUAUCUCACUUUCCCAAUGUUACUUUCGCUGGUGAUGAGAGGGAGUCUGCGUCGCUCCGCGGGGCGUUGAUUCACCAACUGAACGAGAGGCGCAAAGAAAUUAUUCCGCUUCUUUUACCCGAAGAAGAUGAUGAAAACGGACUCUCCCAGGAGAGUCGACUUUCUUCACAACGUGAUCAAGCACCAGAAUCGACUUUGGAUUACACUCUGUGGAAUGAAAUCGAACACGGCUCCAGGAAAGCGCAUAUGGAUGAAAUGGAUUGUGAUUCUCUGGUGGACAUGCAGACGGUGGAGGUCCUCGGGUCUGGAUACACAAAACUGGUUGUCAAAGUGAAUCUAGCCGGAGGUCAUCCCGUGGCGUUAAAGCUCGUCAACGAGCAGGGGAUCGACAUGGGGAAAUGUGUGGAGGACUUUAAAGAUCCUCAAGGCUGCAGAGAGCUCGUCUCUUACAAGCUGAAGAAAGAAAUAGUCCUGUUGCAGAGGCUGCAGCAUCCAAACGUCAUAAAGCUCAAAGGUCACUGUGCAGGAGAUGCAGGAGGAAGAGGAGGAGAGAGAGGAAGAUUCACAGUCAUUCUGGAGCAGGGGAAUCCUCUCCAGAUGAUCCAGCUCCUCCAGAGUCCCUGGGAGGACAGAUUCAGGGUGUGUCUGGAUCUGGUCAGGCUCCUCCACUUUCUGUCUCAGUCCCCUCUGGGCUCCGUGGCUCUGCUGGACUUCCAGCCCCGGCAGUUUGUCACCGUGUCCGGCCAGCUGAAGCUCACAGACUUGGAUGAUGCCAGUGCUGAAGAGACCUCCUGUCAGACGAACGCAGACUGCACCCUCCAGUUUCCCCACAGAAACUUCACUUUGCCAUGUUCAUCCCAGGGAGUGUGUGAGGGCCUGAGUGAGAAGAGGAACAUUUACAACGCCUAUAGGUAUUUUUUCACCUACUUGCUGCCUCACCAGGCCCCACCCGGGCUCACACACCUGGUAGACCACAUCAUGAACUCCACAGGGGAGCUGAAAGCUGACAUCAAUCAAACAUUGGAGGCCUUUGAACACAUCCUCCUCCUCUACAAAUCUGGCCUGCACCUGGACAACAUCCCUCCAUCAAUAAUCAGAGAUUACACCGUGAUGCGAGGGAUGGGGACCUCUGGGAACGUGGAGUACCGCUGCUGGCCGUCGUACAGUCAGCAGGGCUGCGUGCUGUCGGUCCACAGCGCCAAAGAGGCAGCGUACAUCUGCAACUCGCACUCCCAGUGCAAUAGCUUCACUCUGACUGGGAAGAAGACAUGGACGGGUCGCCUCCUGGCCUCCUUCAGGAGCAGCUUCAGUCAUCUGGUGCCUGAUGGGACAUCAGAGGUGUAUGUGAAGAAAACCAAAGCUCCUGAAACUCCCACGGUGUGACAGAAGGAACAAACAGAACAGCGAGAUGAAACAUAGCACACAGUCGGCGAUGUGAAGCAAAGCAAAAUGUUGGGCUCGAGAUGAGAAACUGCGUCCUCCACGUGAACAUGUUGAACACGGCUCGGCUCGGCAGAUUUGCAGGAGGAGCGUGGAGGUUGGGCCGAGGAGGAGGCGUUUGAAGUGAGGCAAGUGAAUGUGAUGUAUUUAUAGGGCUUCUGCUCGGUGACUGUUUGAUCUGCCUGCCAGCUCACUGCCUUUGCCAGCUACUAUUUAAAGGGAUUUCCCUUCAGGUACAAUUAAGGAGGGGAGAGCCUUGUGCCUUCGACAUGUUUUAUUUUUUUCUACCUUGUCUUUAUUUGCCAUGUGUGUUGGCUUUUGUUGGGAGGCCGGGUCGCUGUAGUAGGAUUUUUAAGACAAAGGGGUAGUAAGAACAGUCGCUGCAGAUCAGCAUUUGAAGCCUGAGGACGAGAAAAAGAAAACAAGCUCUUAUACAAAUACACUUUGAUGUUAAUGCGCUGAGGUUGCGGCUGCUCUUUCAUGGUUCCCUGGCUGUGGUAUGAGAUGGCAACAACCAUGUAAGCAUUUACACAUCAACAAUGAGCAAAGAUGAUUAAAACCAUUCCAGAGCAGUCUUGUUUUUACAUACUUUUGAAAACUUAGUUUAUAGUGCUUAGUUCAUAAAUAUUUAUAUGAUUGAAUGAAAUGUAAUUGUCCUUACAUGAUUGUGCGUUAUAGCUUACGUGCACCUUGUGGGUGAAACUUUUAUUUUCAAUGAAAAAUUAUUCACUUCAGUGUUUUUUUAUACUUCACUUAUUGUAAUUGUACAGUUUUACAGUUUUGUAAUUAUAUAAAUGUAUUGUUUCUA